GGGAAAACGACAAAAUCCAGUUUUGUCGGCUUUCUGUGACUUUCUGUCUGAUUCAUUACAUCUUUUCCUCCGGCGAUUCAACCCUUCUUCUUCCACGGCAUUAUAUGGUUUCUUUUGCUGACGCAGGCGAGAGAGAUAAAGGUGAUUGUUUCCGAUCUCAGAUGAGGAUUUGAUGCAGCAGCAGAAGAAGCUGGUUUCUCAAUUGUUUGAAAAAAGCUGUCAGGGUUCUUGAAAAUGGAUAAUGUAAUCGGCGGCAAGUUUAAGCUUGGUCGUAAGAUCGGCGGUGGCUCUUUCGGAGAGCUUUUUCUAGGUGUAAGCGUGCAGACCGGAGAAGAAGUCGCUGUAAAGCUGGAGCCUGCGAAGACUAAGCAUCCACAGCUUCAUUAUGAGUCCAAGAUAUACAUGCUUCUACAAGGGGGAACUGGCAUCCCUAGCCUCAAGUGGUUUGGGGUUCAGGGAGACUACAAUGCGAUGGUGAUUGAUCUGCUUGGACCGAGUUUGGAGGAUUUGUUCAACUAUUGUAAUAGGAAACUCACUUUGAAGGCAGUUUUGAUGCUUGCGGAUCAACUGAUUAGCAGAGUUGAGUAUAUGCAUUCAAGGGGGUUUCUUCACCGGGACAUCAAACCAGACAAUUUCUUGAUGGGACUUGGUCGCAAAGCAAACCAGGUGUAUAUCAUUGAUUUUGGACUUGCAAAGAAGUAUAGGGAUCUCCAAACACAUAGACACAUCCCCUACAGAGAAAACAAGAAUCUUACGGGCACAGCUCGGUAUGCUAGCGUCAACACCCACCUUGGAGUUGAGCAAAGUCGGAGAGAUGAUCUAGAGUCUCUUGGUUACGUGCUCAUGUAUUUCCUCAGAGGAAGUCUCCCAUGGCAGGGACUAAAAGCUGGCACAAAGAAGCAAAAGUAUGACAGAAUCAGCGAGAAGAAAGUUUCAACUCCUAUAGAGGUCUUGUGCAAGUCCUAUCCACCCGAGUUCGUAUCAUACUUCCAAUACUGCAGGUCUUUGCGAUUCGAAGACAAACCAGACUACUCCUAUCUAAGGAGGCUAUUCCGAGACUUGUUUAUCCGUGAAGGUUAUCAGUUUGACUAUGUAUUCGACUGGACUGCAUUGAAACACCCUCAGAGUAGUUCCAGUGCCCGUUCCAGCUCCCACGGAAGACAUCGUGUCAGUAAACCAGGGGUGGGUGCAGGACCGUCUGCUGAAAAGCCUGAAAGGGUUUCAGGUAUUUCUUUUUACAGAGGUAUUGGGAAGGAGAUCCGCGAUAGAUUCUCAGGUGCGGUUGAAGCAUUCGCGAGAAGGAACGCUACGGGAGCUAGUCCCCAUGAGAAUCAUACCAGACAUCGAACUCUUGACGAUGUCCCUUCACCAAUGAAACCUGCUCUGAAUAUGGUAUCUGAUAAAGGAAGAAACUCUUCCAGAUACGGCAGUGCUUCGAGGAGAGCAGUAGCCUCUGGAAGUAGACCAAGCUCAUCAGGUGACCAAGGAGAGAGCCGCGGCUCAAGCCGUGUGGCCUCAAGCGGCGGCGGUGGCAGACCAUCACUCUUUCAGAGAACACAAGCGCCAGCUGGUGCUGUGACCGGAUACGAGUCAAAGACAGCCUCUGCCUUUAACCGCAACAGAGUGACUGCUUCAAGGACGGCACGUGAUGAUGCUCUCAGAAGCUUCGAGCUUCUUUCCAUCCGCAAAUGAAAAACUCUUUCUGUACAUUUGAUUCUUCCUUACCUACACAUGUGUUGUUUUGCUCCUAAGUUUCCACGAAACUCCCAAGCUUUCAUGUACUAUUAUGAAUGUAACGUUCUCUGGAUUUUUGUAUUCAUUUUUACACUUUUACAAUUAUUGUAAUGUCGACAAGUUGUUGAGCUUAUGUCUGCAAUAACAGAUUCGUUUUUUUA